AAAACAUAGGUACAGCAAAACCUCCUUUAUAUGUCUGACAUUUUAAUAAAAAGGAAAAAUGACAUUUUAAAUAUUAUUGUUUACAGUUAGACAUUAAAAAUUAUAUAUUAAAACGAUAUAUUGUUUUCAAUUUUGUCAGCUUUAUAAUAUCUAUCGAUAUGUUAUCGGCAGCGAAAGUUCGUAUUCAUGGGAUGCAAGAUGAAAACUGGGUGAUAAAGGACAAGAUCAACCAAUACCGCGGGCUCAUAAAAUUAUAUGAACGCGAUCGCAAAAUUCAUGAGGGCGAUUUGGCCAAACAAAAGAAGCGCUACUCGCGUGACAUCCGACAGCUGCGAAAAGAUAUAACAACAAAACGGGACCAGCUAGGAGUGGCGGUGUAUGGAGAUAAGCAAUUCCUCAGGAACGCCUUUCAGGAGCAUAGGAGGCUGCAGCUCACAUACAUGAAUAGUCAGGCUGGCAAAGUUCUAGAGAGUAUACAUCAAGAAAACUUUAACAAACGGAAGCAGCUGGACAGAAUAAGAUACACAAAACACAAAAAGAUGGAGAAAUUUCGAUUAACACAGUUGGAGGCGGCAGAACUGCGCGAUCGCCUUCUGUAUGAGGUUGGCGGCAAAUUACCCGCCGAGAAAAAGGAACAAGCCGUCGCCAACUACGUCCAGAAAGCUAAUAUCAAGAAAAACGCCGCGCUCGCCAUCAAAGUGAUGUACAAAAAAAUACUUGAUAUUUUAAAAAAGGAUUCAUCAUAUUUCACAGUGGUACUAGAGGCUCUGAAGCUAGACUGUCGUGCUCAGGGUAAGUGUUUAAUGGGCGCAACGGAGAUGGGCCAGCUAGCUAUGGAAUACUUGGACGAUAGGAAGUUUGAGUUCAGCAAACUAGAGAAAGAGAUAAAAGUCAACAUGAAAGAGAGGGAGAGAACGCUUAAGUUAGCGCGUCGUGAAGUGGCUUAUCUGACAGAUUCAUUCCCUGAUCUCAUACGGAAAGAGGAGGCAACGAACCUCGACGAUCUGUACGAGGAUGAAGACGCCGUGAGUAAGCAUUCGGUACACUGGGAGCUGGAAGAAGUUAUGGGCAUCUGCAAACGACUUCAAAAAGCAACACUCGUUUCCUCAUUUGAUAAGAUUCUUUUAAGGCUAAAGGAGCAGAGAUACCAAACGGAGCGUCUGAUGAUGCAGCUGACCCUGAACAGUGCCAAGCGUGAUGCGCUGAUUGAGGACCGGAAGCACGCCGUCAUGAUGCUGGACACGCUGAAGAACGUCGGGCAGGAGAAGACAGCGCAAUAUUUGCUAGAGAAAAAACGUCUGUUGGCGCAACAGGAAGCGGAGAGGCGCGAGGAAAACGACCUCAAUAAGGCGCUUGACGAAAAGGGAAAAAUUAUAAUUGAGAUGAAAACUUCGUUGCAACAAAUCAACGAGCUGCUCUCCAGUGUCGGUGCGCCGAACGUGCCGAGGCCGUUCACGGACGUGCCGCCCGCGAUCCAGUACGCGCUCGAGGAGAUGGUGCAGCCGGUGCCUGAGGUCGAGGCUGACUUCGACAAGCUGAUAUUGACCGCGAAACAGAAGUUGAACGUGCUCAUCCAGGCGGUGUCCAAAAUGGAAGUGACUCCCGAAGUGAGGCUAAACGCGCGCCUGUUCUACCACAACAUCCUCGCGCGAACGAUGCGCGACAACUACAAGGACGAAGUCGUCGCUGAAGGAGGUUUAAUCGAGUUCGAGAUGGAAGACCCGAACGUGCCCAGCCAUGCUAUCAUUAAGCUCCGGAGCAAGCAGUUGGUGGAGGCACAAGUCAGCGAGUUUGACGUGCCGGCUGACGCACCUAAGAAGUGAACAUCAUACGCUACAAUACAGGAGAGUUAACAAAUUGAUCUCGUUCAAAAUUAUUCAAUGUUACAUCACUGACACAUAGCCACAAAGCCGAUCAAAUUAUAUUAAACUACUUGAAAUAUAAAUCGCUGGAUAUUGAAUAGUUGUCACUAACCCCACUAUAUACUGUACCCACCAGUAAUUUCCUUUUCUUUUCUAAUGCUGUACUCUGAAAAAUAAUUCAUAUAUUUUAUAGUAUAAUACGGUUAAUUAUAAGGCCGCGUUGAACGUUGUAUGACUGGAUGAUCCAAUUAUAAAAGUUCUUUCAUUAAGAUAAAUCUACAUUGUUAUUGUGUUGGUAUUAUGAAGGAAUUAUUACCCAGGGGUAAUUACUGCUCGCGAGUAAAUGCUUUAAAAAUAUCAAACCAUGAGGGUCAUGCGCAUCCUACCUUUCCGCUUUUACUUUACUACUUUAAUAGGACGUAUAUCAGAUAUUUUUCAAUUUAAUGCUUGGUCGGAGCAAAAAACAUAAUGCCUUCAUAAUAAAAUAAACUAAUCCAUAAACAUUUUAAAUGAAAUUUGGAUUAUAUUAUUGUUGUAAUGUAUAGAAAUUAUGUUCUGUGAUGUAUCCACGACUUUCCGUACCUAAUGGUAAAAAAUGUAAUGCAUUUCAAUUUUCAUAAGAGCAUAGUACAAUAUUUUUUAUUUAAAUUAUGUAAUCUAACUUUGUGAGUUUGUUACCUUGUUGAAAUUAAAAAUCGAUAAAUGUCA